AUGAUGCUUAACUCAGACCCCAUGGAGCUGGACCUGCCUCCCACCCAUUCAGAGACAGAGUCAGGUUUCAGUGACUGUGGGGGAGGUGUGGGUUCGGACAGGACAGGACUUGGAGGUCCUGGGGGAGGCCAGGCCAGGGGUCCUGAGAUGGGGGAGUCUGGUCGGAAGGACCUGCAGCAUCUGAGCCGUGAGGAACGGCGGCGGAGGCGGCGGGCCACAGCCAAGUAUCGCACUGCCCACGCCACUAGAGAACGGAUCCGAGUGGAGGCCUUCAACUUAGCUUUUGCUGAACUUCGAAAGCUGCUGCCAACCUUACCCCCCGACAAGAAGCUCUCCAAGAUUGAAAUCUUACGUCUGGCCAUCUGCUAUAUUUCCUACCUGAACCAUGUCCUGGAUGUCUGA